AUGCUGUUUUCCUUACUCUUAUUCCUACUCUGCUUUUCACACGUUAAUGGCAGUCUCUUUUCAACGAGUAAUCCCUACAUUGCAGCUGAGCCCGUGACCCUCUAUUCCAACACAAGCUCCAUUGACAGUGUCGAUUCAGCGAUCGAGCCACAAAACUAUCGACAAAAUAUUAUUCCUAACAGCAACUUGACGCAACCACCUUCGUCAGGUCUUGGUGGCGUAUUAUAUGACCGAGGACUCUCAUGUCAACUGGACAACGUAUCGAAUACACCUGUUCCUGCACUAUUGACCGAUCAGAAAAAGAUUGCUCUUGUGAAGCGGGGCAAUUGCACUUUUACCGAUAAGGUGCUUUAUUCUCAAAUGGACGGGGCUGUCGGUGUGAUCAUAUACAACAAUAUCCCAUUCGAAAAGGAUCCACACGCCGGUAUCAUGAACAUUCCAGCUGGGAAUAUCAACAUCGCCGUUUAUUAUGUCGACCUUGAUAUCGGGAUGGACCUAUUGGGCAAAUUGCAGCAACCAGGCACCGUCAUGCAAGAUACGCAAUCAUCCAAUGUGUCCUAUCAAAAGACCUACAAAGUCAUCCUGUAUCCAGCCAUUGGUGGGUUUCCAAGUGCUUGGGAGUUUACAUUGAUUGUCGUGGUGGCACUUUUGGCAGUGAGCUUUUUAGCUUCGGUUGGGAUGCAUUAUCAUUUGUGGCGAAUUCGACGACGACAACGCAACAUGAUGUUGGAAAACGGUAUUCUCCCGGUGCAUUUAACACCCAUCACCAUCACCACCAAAAGAAAUGUCCUUGAUUCAGAAAUGCUAUCCACCUUUCCCACACGUAUCAUUGGCAACAGCAGCAGCAGCAGCAGCAAUGAUCAAGAUGAUAUAGACAACAACAACAAUAACAACCAUCAACAACAACGACGUAAUUCAACACAAUCCGAAAGGUCAACACGUUCGGGCAAAGCAUUAGAAAACGCAGCAGCCUUGGCAUCCGCUUCCAAUCCUUCCCGACGCGCGUCUCUUGUUGCAACAACGGGUCCUUCGGGUGAUCUUUCGGAUGCCAUGUGUGUUAUUUGCCUUGAUGAAUUUUCAGCGGGUGAAACGGUUCGACAAUUACCAUGUGGGCAUGAAUAUCAUUGUGAAUGCAUCGACCCUUGGUUGACAGUGAAAUCGGCCUCGUGUCCUUUGUGCAAGCAUGAUUGUUCACUCGAUAUUCCUGGUAACACGGAGCAACCCGAGAAUGAUCCUACCAGCAGCAGCAAUGAUGAUAAUAAUACAAGCCAACAUCAGCAAUUACAACCCCCGCCUCCUGCCGCAUUUGGGCCGACCAUGUCUCCUGAACAAGUCGAGGCAUUAAAUCAAUCUUGGGUAUUACGUACGUUACCACGCACCAUGCGUCGUCAAAUUCGUGAAGCAGCAGCAGCAGCAGCAGCUAAUGAGGAGGGUCAUGGAUCAACCAUGGUGUUGCCUGCAAGAAUGACUCAAGACAACAAUAAUAAUCAAAUGCAAGUGGAAGAAGAACAAGUACAACAAAGAGACCAAAGUUUCGCAGGACGACUGGCUCGCUCUCUACCGACUCGCUGGCAACGACGCUAA